CCGUUUAAAAGGGAUGGUGGCGGUCACGUGAUCCGGGCGUCCCGGAAAGACCUCGGCGGCGGCUUCUUCGGCGGCCAUUUCCCCGCGUGUGGGUGAAGGCGACGCCCACUCCGGCGGGCGGGCGGGAGCGGAGGCGGCGGCCUUCUCCCGGGUGACAGGCCCGGCCCUUCCGGAGGGCGGAGCGCGUAGCUGGGCGUCUAGGCUAGGUGGCGGCGUUGGGGCCGGCCGGGGCUGGCAGCCCGCCCUCCUCCUCCUCCUCCCUCUUUCCCAUCCCCGCUUCCCCGCCAGGAACAGCCGCGUCCGCGCAGGGAGCUGGGCAACCAUGUCGGGGCAGAGCCUGACCGACCGCAUCACGGCGGCGCAGCACAGCGUGACGGGCUCGGCCGUCUCCAAGACCGUCUGCAAGGCCACCACGCACGAGGUGAUGGGCCCCAAGAAGAAGCACCUCGACUAUUUAAUACUAUGUACAAAUGACAUGAACGUAAACAUCCCACAGUUGGCAGACAGCCUAUUUGAAAGGACAACAAAUAGUAGCUGGGUGGUAGUCUUCAAAUCUCUCAUCACAACUCACCAUCUCAUGGUGCAUGGAAAUGAGCGUUUUACCCAGUACCUGGCUUCCAGAAACACAUUGUUUAACUUGAGCAAUUUCUUGGACAAAAGUGGAUUGCAAGGAUAUGAUAUGUCCACAUUUAUUAGGAGAUACAGCAGAUAUUUGAAUGAGAAAGCAGUUUCCUACAGACAAGUGGCUUUUGACUUUACAAAAGUAAAAAGAGGAGCUGAUGGAGUCAUGAGGACAAUGAAUACAGAAAAACUGUUAAAAAUGGUACCAAUUAUACAAAACCAGAUGGAUGCACUGCUUGAUUUCAACGUAAGUCAUUUUAGCUACCCAUAAAGGAAUAUUAGACAG